AUGGCUACUCAAAUGGAUCAAGGAGCAUUAUUGCUGAAGAAACAAUUAAUAGAUUUACAGAAAACACCAGUUGAUGGGUUUUCAGCUGGUCUUAUUGAUGAUGAUGAUUUAUAUAGUUGGGAAGUCAUGAUCAUUGGACCAGCAGAUACUUUCUAUGAAGGUGGAUUUUUUAAAGCUCAUCUUUUGUUCCCAAAAGAAUAUCCUCAAAACCCUCCAAAAAUGAAGUUUAUUAGUGAAAUGUGGCAUCCUAACAUUGAUAAGAAUGGCGAUGUCUGUAUAUCAAUAUUACAUGAUCCUGGUGAAGAUAAGUGGGGCUAUGAGCGACCUGAAGAAAGAUGGUUACCUGUUCAUACUGUAGAAACUAUUAUAAUGAGUGUUAUCUCCAUGUUAGCUGACCCUAAUGAUGAAAGUCCUGCUAAUGUAGAUGCUGGAAAAGAAUGGCGGAAUGAUUACGAAGGUACUUUUAGAAAAAAGUAA